AUGUCCGCCUUCGUAGAUGGGACGGCAGGCCAACGCGCUCGUGGUGGCGGAAAGCGCAACGGCGGCAGGGCUGCCGCGGCCAAGGGCGGUCCCUCGGGCAGGCAGUCGCAGGAUGCAGAUGGAGGCGACGAGGGGGAUCAUGCCGAGCCGGAAGCUCGUGGUGGCGGAAAGCGCACCGGUGGCAGGGCUGCCGCGACCAAGGGCGGUCCCUCGGGCUCGCAUGAUGCGGAUGGUGGCGACGAGAAGGAUCAUGCCGAGCCGGAAGCUCGUGGUGGCGGCAUACGCAACGGCGGCAGGGCUGCCGCGGCUAAGGGCGGUCCCACGGGCAGGCAGUCGGAGGAUGCAGAUGGUGGCGACGAGGGGGAUCAUGCCAAGCCGGAAGCUCGUGGUGGCAGCAUGCGCAACGGCGGUAGGGCUGCCGCGGCCAAGGCCGGUCCCUCGGGCUCACAGGAUGCGGAUGGUGGCGACGAGAAGGAUCAUGCCGAGCCGGAAGCUCGUGGUGGCGGCAUGCGCAACGGCGGCAGGGCUGCCGCGGCUAAGGGCGGUCCCACGGGCAGGCAGUCGGAGGAUGCAGAUGGUGGCGACGAGGGGGAUCAUGCCAAGCCGGAAGCUUGUGGUGGCGGCAUGCGCAACGGCGGUAGGGCUGCCGCGGCCAAGGCCGGUCCCUCGGGCUCACAGGAUGCGGAUGGUGGCGACGAGAAGGAUCAUGCCGAGCCCGAAGCUCGUGGUGGCGGCAUGCGCAACGGCGGCAGGGCUGCCGCGGCUAAGGGCGGUCCCUCGGGUAGGCAGUCGCAGGAUGCGGAUGGUGGCGACGAGAAGGAUCAUGCCGUGCCUGCAUGCCGUGGCGUUAACGAUCAUGAUGAGGACGAGCCAGCAGCUGUGACUGAUGGGAAAGGUGGACGUGAAGCUGUGAUUCCCUACCAACGGCGCAAGGCUGUGGAUCCGAGCAGUUGCGACCAUAAGGCGAGACAAGCUCGGCACGGCCCCAAUGUGCACGUUUCGAGCUCGUCUGGUUCCGAGGAAGAUUCGAGCGACAGUGAGUCGGGCAGCUCAUCCGGGAGUGAGGAGGUAUACGAGGACGAGGUUGAGGAGGAGGAGGACGAGGAUGAUGAGGAGUUGGAGCCGGAGAGCGAGGAUGGGGAGGAGGCUCGGCCUUUGAAGAGGAGGAGUGUGCGGAAGCUCAAGAAGGGCAACGCUAAGCAAAAAUCGGAGAGGGGACGGGUGAAGAUCUGUAAACAGAGUGUGCGUCGUGCCAAACCACAUGGCAAGCGCCAGAGACCUCGAUUCGAAGCUAAAAUAGUGGGUGUGCAUAGCAAGGCGAAGCGGGAGUUGAAUUUUUACGAAUCAAUGGGGAUACGAUGUCCAUCAAGCUCUCAUGAACGGCAAGCCGCGGACCCGUACGCUGCGUUACGCGAUCCGAUGGGUUCGGCUGGGAAGGGAGAUCAGAUGGCUUGGGGGUCAGCGCGGUUUGGCAAAGAAGCGAUGGACCCGCCCCCCAACCAUAUGGGGGGUCGCGCGGUUCAUGUGAAGAACGAGGGGGCAACGAAGCGGCACGAACCCUCGGUAGCUGCAGCAGCGAAUGACGGUGUGGGAGGAGGUGUGUGGGCGAAUGCCUUGGGUGAAUGUGGCGGCGGUGUGGAAGGCUCCAUGUGGGAUGUACGGGAGAGCAGGGGAGAAGGGGGGGACGAAAAAAUGGAUCCGGCGACUAAGGAGGGGAGGGGAGAGAGCAUGGGCACACCUGGCGCAUCCAGUCGGCCGGAUGUGGCUGGCGGCAGGACUGUGGAGCAGCUCAUGCGAGAGCUUGCCCAGCGGGAUCGCGAAAUCGCUGCACUCAAGGCAAGGCCAGGAUCAAAAGGAGCUGUCAAGCCCUGCACCCCUCCAUCUAGGCCUCCUCCUCUAGCAUCUCUGUCGAGCGGCCCAUCUAUAGGGGGCCUCGAUCCAGACCUGCAGCUCUCUCUCUCUCAACCCCUCUUGCUGCUGGUAAGCGUGUUUGUGGCAUUAUGCGCAGUGAUAGCGGCAAGUCUGCAGUGGGAUAGGCAUUCCCAGUACGCCUCGCUUCAGGGACGUGGCGCUGGGCGUACGAUGCUCUCACAUUCUGCUAUGGUGAGCUCUGGUGAGCUCUGGGUCGCGGGCAGAAUCGAUUUCGCGAUCCCGCUGGGCAAGCUCUCGCAUGAGCUGCUCCACAGUCCUGCCGCCAGCCACAUCCGGCCGACUGGAUGCGCCAGGUGUGCCCAUGCUCUCUCCCCUCCCCUCCUUAGUCGCUGGAUCCAUUUUCUCGUCCCCCCCUUCUCCCCUGCUCUCCCGUAUAUCCCACAUGGAGCCUUCCACACCGCCGCCACAUUCACCCAAGGCAUUCGCCCCAACACCUCCUCCCACACCGUCAUUCGCUGCUGCAGCUACCGAGGGUUCGUGCCGCUUCGUUGCCCCCUCAUUCUUCACAUGAACCGCGCGACCCCCCAUAUGGUUGGGGGGCGGGUCCGUCGCUUCUUUGCCAAACCGCGCUGA